GGCGGACUUUCAAAUAUUAACCCAAUGGUGAUCGUACGUCAAAUAGAAUUUUUCAGCUUCUUUUGUCAUGCGUUGUUGCGUGCAUUAAUCAAUUCUGAAGAGAUAAUUUUCAUGGAGGAUGUUGAGAUGUUUUUUCCUACCUGCAAUUAAGUAGGAUAUUAGUGCGAACAGGUGAAUUAAAAUCGAAGUUCUUAGACUUGGUGUGCAAUCGUUUGCACAGGUUCGCAUUUCAAAGUUAAGACUAAAUAAACCAAUAAGCAAUUUCUGAUCUCCCCAGUCGGGGUUUGCGUACUUUACUAUGCAUAUUUAACGGUAUACAGAACGUGCUUACUUUUUGGUAUAUAUAGUUGUAGAAGUCUAUUUCUGUGUCUUGUUUGAUCAAUCAAGUUUUGAUCUUGUCUUGCUCUAAAGUUUGUUGAGGUUAAUGAGCCGUACCUUUGUGGCUUUUACCAUAAUGUCUGAAUGUUUAUUAGACUGUAUAAGUGAUAGAAUGUGUUUUCUGAGUUAGCAUUUUUUAGCGAUUUCGACGUCAAAAAAUCUGGAAAAAAUAAAGUUUAGAUGAACGUAUGUGUAACUUUAUGUUGAGCAUGAAAGUUCGGUCGGUGAGCAUUACAUUUUUCAAAGAACUGAAAGCCUCUAACUACGUUCUAGUUCCGUCUAUGGCUUAGCGUAUACCGAACAACAUCCACUCUCAGAAAUUAUCGGUUUUACAAUCUUUUUCUGAUUCUCUUUCACAAAUAUUUCUUAGGACAACUUUCCACUUCGUCUGACAACUCAGAAUAUGAAAAGAUAUAUAACCUACUUUUCAUACUUAAAGAUGUAGUUUAUCUUUUUAUUUCAAUUUUUUUACGGUUUUUUAUUACGUGAGAGUAAUAUAUAAUCAAACAAAUGAUUUCGUGUUUACAAGUAAACAAAAAUAAUUUAUUCAUGAAUAAGCGUUAUUUGUAGCUGAAAAAAUAGGAACCCCAAAUUUUUUCUAAAAAACUAGGCAUUAUGAAUAGACUGUAACUCUGAGGUGGCAAAACGCAGAAACACAUAUGGUAUCAAAUCUUUAAAUGUAAACAAUCAGGUUGGACAUGUACAAAGCAUUUACAAAUCAGUACAAAUACUGCAAAACAAUAAUGUGCAAUUGUUCUUACGCCGUUUCCUUAAAGAAGAUUUAGAGUGGCCGAAGAUUUUCGUCACUCCUUUUGAGUUUAGUUUCUACGUGCUUUUCUUUAGUCGGGGUAUACUUAUCGGAUUGAUUGUGCAGUAAAAUGGUCCUAGCUAGUCAGUUUUAUACAUCAAUGUGUAAAAAAGGUUCAAUAAAUCAAGCAUCUUAUAAAAAUGCGGCUCUUUUAUGAAAGUUAUAAACUUACGUUUUUAAUCAAUUUGAAACUUGAAUAGUCAGAUGGACUAAAAUGUUCUUAAAUACUUACAGCUAACGAUAAAAUUUCUGGUUUAAACAAUCAGAUAAUUGUGUAAAAGGUUAAUGAAUUUAUGUGACCGAUUGAGAGAAGCAUCCUCUUAAUGGAGUAUACAACUUUGUGGUAUUUUAAUUAUAAUAUAUAGCAUAAAGAGUUGGGAAACAAGUAUUACAAAACGGCUUAAUCUUGAUAGCCUAUAAAGUCAGAAAGAUUAGAAACUUGGUAACUGAAUUUAAUGGUAUUAUAUAAACGUUUAUUGAGUGGCUUAGUGUUGUGAUAAUUUCAUAAUAUUGCAGUAGCGUUUAUUAAAAUGUACUUAUGGUAACAGACAAAUAUGUAGGUUGUUUGCAAAGCAAAAAACCAUAGUUUUUAUAUCUUUUAAAUCUAUCUCUGUGGAGUUUUAUGCCCACACUCGGAUGACUUUCGUCACCUACCUUCUUGAAAGAAAAUGCUAACCCUAAUUUCACCACAAUUAACGGCGCAGACCUCGCGUAGCAAAUAAACAUCGUUGCCUUAUGUUUCAUAUUUCAAUAGUUUUGACCUUGUACUUACUGGCUCCUUAACUUUAGAAGCAAAGCGAAUCGGAAAACAGCUCAUAUUUUCAAAAUGCUUUUGAGGAUUCUUUAGUUGGUACCCUUGAAUGAAUUUCAAGUAAGUCUGUGCCUCAGUUCAAUACCGAAUGAUAUUCACACGGUACACUUCCUAGCCAUUUUAGUUGCUUAUUAUUAAUCAUUUAUGACGGUUUGCUUUUGUGUAGUAGAUAAAUUGGCAUCUGAACCCUAUACACCCAGUAUAGGGUUCAUCGCCUUUUUCCAAAUGAACUUACUUUUCACAUUCUUUAAAAUUUAAUUCAUGGAUUAUGAAGAUGAGCUCUAAAACAUUUCGUCGCUCUAAAGGUGACAAGUCGGCUUGAAAUUACUCUAGAGAAAUUUCUUCUCACCCUUGAAGUUUCAGUGAUGUAUUAAGGAAAGCCUCUUUAUUUAAAGUGAGUUGGUUUGCUGUAAAUCUUCACUGAGCAAUCCCUUUGUACUGCUUAGCCUAAUGUCUCGGUUAGUAUCGAUUGUUAGUGCUUCCAAUAUUGGCAAACAUUGCAUUCCGCUAUUAAUUUCUAUAAAAAUAAACUCCCGGUUUCCACUAAAUGGGUGUAUACAUAGACUAAAGCGCUUCUCACUAACUAAAUAUAGUUUUAUAAGACCUGAUCUCAGUUAUAAAUUAAUGUACAAAGACUAGUGGUUCUAUUCUCAUUUUAUAGAAUCCGAAGCUACAUUUUGAUAGAAACACUGAAAAGAGAUUUAAUACAUCUUAAGGCUAACCGUUUGAAUCGUCCACCAACCCUCCCUCUAAAGAACAGGAGUCCGAAUCAGUAUAUCAUUUGAAAACCAACACUUUUAUAUCUCUCGUGCUACAAGUCACUGGUGUUUGUUGAUAAAAAUGUUUGAUGAAUAAUACCACAUGCUAGGACUUCAUACUAAUUGUCUAGAUAUAUGUAAAAUCAGAUGCAGUUCUUUACAACACAGGACGUGUAUAUUAAAUCUUAAUACCUUUGUAAAUCGAUGUGACAAGCGAAAGAUCCACCCAAGUAUUUGUUAUAUAUUCAAAACUUUAGUCAUCUCACGUGAGUGGUGAAUAUCACCAGCUAUAUUUGUCUCUUUUAUUGAGUAACACAAACAUCAAUAUAUUCAAUGCUCCUUUUGGCGAAUAUAUCGCCAAAAUACUUUGUAAUCUUUUAUUUAUCUUUUUCUGCAACAUUUUUAUACCAUGUAUCUGUUUUUCCUUAUAUGCUCAUAGAUGUGAUAAUUUUUAGCUGUCUUCAUCAACUUUACUAUAAGGAAAAAUGAUCUGCGAUGUUAUGCCAACAAUUAACGAAGAUAUUGGGUCCCAGGGUGAUCGAGAUUCACUGGUUAGUGCAGAUGGUACAAAUGUUGAAGAUAUGUUACUUAGUAUGUUGGAUGAACGUGACAGAUUGAUGGAAGGAUUGCGCGAGUCACAGGAACAAGUUAACGAAACAAGAACUCGAUUGAGCGAAGUUGAAAGAGAACGUGAUAAACUUCAUGCACAGUUGUCAGCUAAAAUGCCUCAAGAUGUUGUUGAAAUGUCAAAAAAGUUAACAGAAGUUGAAGAACAAUUAAUUGAAAGAUGUGAUGAAAUUGAUGAUUUGAAAGCUGAACGAAACAAUAUGAAAAUUCUCUUAGAACACCUGGAGAAUUUAGUAGCUCGCCAUGAAAAAUCACUUAGAAUGACUGUAGUGAAGCGGCAUACAUCAACGGCCAUGAGUAAUAGUACAAAUUCAUUGAUUCCGGGGGGUACAAUGGCUGAUGGUGAAACAGUGUGCUCUGAAAUGGAUAUUUUAAAUUCUUCACCGAAUUAUUCCAUGAAUGCAACUACUGGAUCUACAAGUCCUUCGAUGGCCGGAUUAGGUUCAGAAGUGGAAGUUUUAAAAGCAUUGAAAUCUUUAUUUGAACAUCACAAAGUUUUGGAUGAAAAAGUUCAUAAUCGUUUAAGAGUUUCACAAAAUAAAGUAACUGACUUAGAAAAUGAAUUAUUCGAACUAAAACGUUCAAAAAUAAAUAGUAGUUCCACUGCAAAUAUAUGUAAUGAUAAUAAUAUACAUCGAACAAUGACAUCCAGUGAAACUCAAAUUGACAAAGAUUUCACAAAAGAUGUUGAUACAGAUAUAAAGAAUAACCCUGAUCAAAUUCAGAAGUUAUCACUUAAAGAAACUGCUUCGUUACCAAAAGGAUCAGUUGAAAUAAGCAAAAGUUCUGAAUUAUUAUCUUCGUCACCAGUUCUGAAUGCUUCUUUAUCAAAUUUAUUCUAUGGUUCAGCAUCAGCAGCUGCUCUUGAAGCAGCGAACAGAAUCAAAGAACUGCAGGAGAACCUUGAACAACGUGCAUCUGAAUUACUCGCUGCUCGAAGGCAAGUGAUUGAACUGACAAGUCGAUCAAGAGAAAACUCGAAUUCAUUGAGUUUAGCACAAAGUGAAUUAAAUCGUGCUAAUGACCAAAUUGAAAGGCUUACUCGUGAACUACGUGAAUCUGAGCAGAGAAGAACUGAUCAAGAAUCACUAGCUACAAGUUUAGAACAAAGAUAUUUAGUUGCUCAGCGUGAAUUAAAUAUAGCCCAAGAUAUGACUGAUAAAUUACGAGCUGAGUUAGCUUUCAAAUCAACGCAACUUAAACAGCAAGAAGAAAAAGUUCGGACACUACAAAUUAAAUUAGAUACAGUGGAAGACGAUCUGUUGCAGAGUAGAUCAUUAUCAAAUCAUUUCUUGACUAAAUCUUUAAAAACUAAAUACAUUAAUGAUGAAGUUGACAUUGAUGAUGAUGAAGAUGAGGAUGAGGAUGAUAUUAAUGCUGGAACUGAAUACAAUGAAGAAAAUGCUUGCUCUGAUGAAAGUAAUCCUGAAUUAUUAAAUAAACAAAUAUCCGAAGGGGAAUUGGAACAAGAGAAUGAUUCAAUCACUGACCUUGAGAAUAAACGUAUCCGAAAAAUUAAAUCUAUUAGAUCAGCAUUAAAAAGAAAUCAUUACUCUCGACGUAUCAUUCAACAGGAAUGGAAUUCUUAUGAAGAUCAUGUGAAAGAAUUAACAGAUGAAAUAGAAGAAGUUAGACAAGAAUUAACGCGUGCAAAAGAAAGAGAAGUUAUCAAUGAAGAACACAUAACUCGUUUAUCGGGAACAGUUGAUAAAUUAUUGCAAGAAUCUAAUGAACGUUUACAAAAUCAUUUACAAGAAAGAAUGUCAGCUUUAGAACAAAAACAAAAUUUAAAUAAUCAAGUUGAACAAAUAAAGAGAGCAUUAGAAACAGCAAUAAGAGAACGGGAAGCAAAUAUAACAGAAUCAAUGUUAUUAAGACAGAAAUUGUCUGAAUUAGCAGCAGCUUUUCGUUAUUCACAAGCUCAACUUGCAAUUGCACAUACAUCAACUUCUGCAGCUCAGGCUACUAUUAUGGCAUUAGCUAAAGCAUCAGCUGAGAAAGUUAACAUGGAACAACUGCAACAACAGCAUAAUACAGACAUUUCUUUACAAAAUUCAGUAUGUCCUUCAAGUGUAGUGGAAAAAUAUGAAACUGAGCAAAGUAGUCCAAUAGAUUUCAUUUCAAGAUUGAUCACUAAUACCUGGAUCCAUUCACAAGCUAAUAAUAAUUCGGAUCAACCAAUAGAAAUUAAUCUUGAUGGUGAAUUAAACAAUAUUCAAUCACUUCCCAAUACUAAUAAUGAUAAUAAUAACAAUAAUAAUAUGAAUACACUUUACCAGUCGAAUGAAUUGCAAGAAAUGUUAACUCGACAAAAUCUAAUGAAUUUCAAUUAUCCAUCUUUACAGUUAAAUCAUGAUACUGUUAAUCAAUUGUCCCUAAAUGAUGUAUUCAAUUUUAUGAAAAUGAAACAACUACCAAACGCUACAUCUUUGCAUAAUGUUCAAGAAAGUGCGACUGACUCAACUACAGAUCCACAAUCUUUAGCGUACAUGUUAAAAAAUCAGUUGGAUGCUAUCAACAAUGAGAUAAAAUUAAUUCAACACGAGAAAGCAACUACAGAAAUGUUAGCUGAUGAAUUAAAGGGACGAUUUGGUACGACGGAUAUAAAUGUUCAUAAUAUAAAUAAUGAAUUUAAGACAAAGAAUCAGUAUGCUGAUAGUCGACCUAUUGGGAAUGAUGGUAAUAAUAGUAAUCAAGCGGAUCGAAAUGGCAAUCAUUCAUCUGAGCCCUCUGCUCUCGCUUCUUUGAGUAAUUUCAACUACAGAACUACAACAGCUACCACUCAAAUGAAUACGGAUAUUUAUCAAAACCCAUCAGUUAGCUAUACACAAAAAUUUCCAACAACUUGCACACUAACGCCGCAUCCAUCCUAUUUAGGAUAUGAGACACGACUGCAUGCAGCAAUUAUGAAUCCUAUGGCUAUCCGACAAACAGGACAAUCAAAAUUAUAUAGUCAAGGUGUAAUUAUUCCUAAUCACAGGUAUACUAGUGAUCAUAAUGUAGUUUUCUCAACUGGAACUACCCAAUUACCAACUUUAUCAAAUUUUCACGAUGUAGACUAUAGUGUGCGACGUGCACAAAAUGAUCCUUCUAAGACUACUUACGAUAACGCAGUCACUACAAGAACAAUAUCCGGUACACAAGAUGAUUUAGGAAAUACAGAGUGUGCAGAUAGUAGUCAAAGGGAAAAUGAACGUAAACGAUCUAUUUUCGGGACAUUGGGUCGUAUGUUCAAGAGACCGAAUCCUGUAAAUGUAACAAAUUCACAGAACCAAGUGGAGAGUACAUUGAAAUCAGUAGCUUCAAGUAAUCAACAACCUCCAUUAAGAUUUCAUUCUAAUCAAUUAACUCAUCCAUCCCGUCAAUAUCAGGUGUAUAAUAUUCCUCAAUCAAAUUCAGUUCAUAGAUCAGACGAAAGAAAUAGACUAGCCAAUGUUGUAUACUCUUCACAAGAUUCAGGAUUCUCGAGCAUAACACAUUUCAAUCGUUUAGUUUAUCCAAACAAUUUUUCUCAAUAUCAUGUACAAGAAGGAACAUCAAGAUACAGUCCGAGACCCCCAUCACAUCAUAGUUAUUUUGGCAAAGCGAAAUCUGGUAUUUAUUCUGCAGAUGUGAGUGCUAAUCAAGAACAAAGUGCAUUUCAGCAGUCAGCUGUAUCACAUACGAUGAACGCUCAAGCUGCUCUAGGACCGAAACAAACUCUUGAGGAUAGACAAAAAUCUCAAAAAUUGUUACUUGAAGAUGCUAUACGCAGUAAUUUACCAUUUACCUCAUGGAGUAGUCCCAUAUUAGUUUCAUGGUUAAAACUAUGGGUUGGAAUGCCAGCAUGGUAUGUUGCAGCUUGUGAAGCAAAUAUUAAAUCUGGUGCAAUGCUUGCCUCUUUAUCUGAACAAGAUAUUCAAAGAGAAUUAGGCAUACGUAAUCCUUUACAUCGCUUAAAGCUUCGUUUGGCUGUACAUGAAAUGCUUGCAUUUACUGCAUCAUUAACAGGUACAACACCGAAUUCAACUAAAAACGGUGAAACAUCUACCUCUAUGAAACAAUUACACUUAGCUUCUCCACUUAUAAAGGGUGAAUUAAAUCAUGAAUGGAUUGGGAAUGUUUGGCUGCCUAGUCUUGGGUUAGCCAGAUACAGAUCAUCAUUUAUGGAGUGCCUUGUCGAUGCGCGUAUGUUAAGCCAUUUAACUAAGCGUGAUUUGAGGAUACAUCUGAAGAUGGUUGAUCAAUUUCAUCGUUUAAGUUUAUACUAUGGGAUCAUGUGUCUCAAGCGCCUGGAUUACGAUCGUUCUGAGAUUGAACGCCGACGUGAAGCAUGUCAAAAUAGUUUAAAUGAUUUACUUGUCUGGAGUAAUGACCGAGUCAUUGUAUGGCUUAAAAGUAUAGGUUUGAAUGAAUACGCCAAAAAUAUGAUUGACUCUGGUGUACAUGGAGCUUUAAUGGUGUUAGAUCCAGACUUUGACGCUAAUUCAUUUGCUCUGAUCCUUCAAAUACCUAAUUCAGAUGUACAAAUGAGGCAUAAACUUGAAUGUGAACUCAACAGACUUCUACACCCUUAUCGAUCAGUUAAUCAAAACAUUUCGGUAAGACCUAACGACUCAAUCAUGAAUUAUGAUACAGCAGCAAGUUGGAUUGCUUCUGUAGAACGUCCGGAACCGGCAUAUUAUGAAAAUCAAUUUGAAACAGGUGAUGCGUUGGGUAGUGAUUCAUCUUACAGACCUAGCACUCAACAACAUCAAAGACAUGGAAUCAGCAGGAAUAUUGUGCCUAUUUCGGAAAGUUCAAGUGGAGCUCCACCUAUUCCUAUACGAGCGCAAAGAAAUACAGAAAGACGAUACCCUACGUCUAAUUCACAGUUAACUGUUAAUUCUCAGAACCAACCGCCUUUGAGUGCCAAGCUCAGCCGUAAUCUUCAAUAUCGAAAUGCAGGUAUGUGUGAUGACAACUAUUCCUUUCUACAUAAUGAACCAUCACAACUAGAAAGAAGUUUGAAGAAGAAUUGAUAUUAGUAAGUUUUUCAAAGAAAUUAUGUGGUGUCCACUUUGUUUAUUCCGCUAAAUAUGUGACCGUUUACGUCACGUUUACUAUAUAUAUUGUUACGAAUAUUGUGUUACUGGAAUCCAUGAUUCACACAACUCGAUGUAGAAAACAAGCAAAUGAUGAGCAUUUGUUAUACCCU